CUCGAGACCCCCGCCUCGCCCUCCAAAAACUCCACCAUCAUCUUCCUACACGGAUUCGGAGACGAUGGCCACGGCACAGGCUACGGGCUCGCCCAGCAGUUCCAGAUGUACCAGAAACUUCCUUACACAAAAUGGGUCUUUCCUACGGCACAUGUCGAUCGGAUCGUUGGCCAGCGCUGCUGGUACAGGCCGCAUGACCUGAAGCCAGAGGGGCCUGUGCAUGAGGCUGAAGAUGAGCUGGAAGGAUCCAAUGAGGAAGAAUAUGAGAAAGACGAAGAAGGCAUAUUGAAGACUGUCCAGUACAUCGACUCCCUGGUCGCUAAACAGAUAGAGGACGGUGUCGAGCCGGGCAAGAUCGUGGUGGGAGGAUUCAGUCAGGGGGGUGCGGUCUCGACGAUCUGGGGUCUCAAGGGGCAGUUCAGAGAUAAGGUGGCUGGUGUAUUUGGGCUGAGCGGAUAUUUCCCCAGGGUGAAGGCUGUUGCUGUAUCACUGCCUGCUGAGAGUGGCAUCGAGGCCGAUGGCGACACUGGUGGGACAUAUGCGCCGAGGUGGUUCUUCGCUCACGGCAUGGCAGAUAAGAUGAUACCUAUCAGCUUAUUCAGGGAAGGGCAAAAGAGGCUGCACCAGUACAUCGCCCGCGAAAAGGUUGAGGGACACGUGUAUGAGAACCUCGAUCAUGACGUGGGCCGAGGCGAGCUGCGAGACCUCUGGCUGUGGCUGAGAAAGGUUCUGGAAGAG